AUGCGCACCAUGGCUGAGGACAGAGUUUCGAAGCUGUUUAUGCUGGUUUGUCUCUGCUUCUGCCUGACCACGCUACUUAUGACGUAUAACACUUUCUUUAUUGAUGAGGGAAUAGUAGAAAUCGACGAAGAUGAAGAAGAUUUGUAUCAAGACAUUCAAAAUAGGAACUUCCGGGAUAAGGACCGGCCUGUCAACAUGGACUCGCACAGUCAUGCAGACGAUGAUAGCACCAAGGCCGAUGAACUCUACAACAGAGUGCGCGUGCUGUGCUGGGUAAUGACGUCACCGUCCAAUCUCGACAGGAAGGGCUUGGCCGUCAGGACGACUUGGGCAAAACGCUGCAAUAAAUACAUCUUCUUCAGUAGUGUGACAAACGACAGUUUCCCCACGAUCGGACUUAAUGUGUCAGAGGGUCGGCAACAUCUCACUGGUAAAACGGUACAGGCGUUUACUUACUGCUACGAAAACUACGGCAAUUCCUUCGAUUGGUUUCUCAAGGCUGAUGACGACACCUACGUCAUCGUAGAAAAUUUACGUUUCUUUUUGUCACAUCACAAUCCUAAGGACUUGGUGUAUUUUGGUCACAGGUUCAAGGCCAUAGUAAAACAAGGAUAUUUCAGUGGGGGUGCUGGUUACGUCCUCAGUCAGCAAGCUUUAAAGAAAUUUGUGCAAGUUGGUCUUCGUAACCCGCUGUUGUGUCGACGUGAUGGUGGAGCAGAGGACGCAGAGAUAGGCAAGUGUAUGCAAAGACUGGAAAUCAAAGUGGGGGACUCCCUGGAUGUCAAUGGACGCGAGUCGUUUCAUCCAUUCACGCCAAUCGCCCACCUGCAAGGAAACUACCCCGGCUGGUUCUACAACCAUACCUUCCACAAAGUCCAAAAGGGUCUGGGUUGCUGCAGUGACUACAGCGUGUCGUUCCACUACAUGAGUCCGGCUGACAUGUACCUGAUGGACUAUCUAGUAUACCACCUCCGACCCUUCGGACUCCAUCGGAUAGAUAAAAAUGCGAAUUACUUUUUACCAAUAGACAAACAGUGA